AUGCCCUUCCUCCUGCUGCCCCGCCCGCACGCCCUCGGGCCCUGGCCUGCUGCGUCGGCGCCACCGCGGGUCGGCCUCCGAAGGGCCGUCCUGCAGGAGGCGCAGGAGCGGCAGGAGGCGCCGCAGGGGCAGCAGGGCGCGCCGGGGCCGCCCUGGCGCCCAGCCCUGCCCCUCGGCACGCCCGCGCCCCCGCCCGCCGCCCGCACGCCCUCGCAGGCGCCCGCCCUCGCCCGCUACUCACCAGGUCGACUCGCAGGACGCAGGCUGAGCGCUGACAGGACUCAGGCGGCGGCCAUGGCAGUGCCACGUCGGCGCAUGCGCGGCCACGUCACGCAAGGGAAGAGCGCGGCGCGUCGGCGGACGUGGCCGGCGCCCUUCGCGCCCCGCGCCGCCCGCACGCCCUCCCGCGCGCCGGCGGCGGGGCACGGCGCUCCGGGGGCAGGGCCGCGUGCCCCUGCGGCGCCAGGGCGGCCCAGGGGCGCCACCAACCCCGAUUAA